GGUUGAUGGGACUGGGACCGGGUGUCGCACAGGUGGAGGCAUGGGAGCAGGUGGGAGAGUCCAAGAGAGUUGGAAGCAGGAGAAAGAAGGAUGAAUCAGAGGCUAGAGGCUGCUGGCAUGGUCUGAAUUUUGGACUCAUGGGCAGCUGUAUCUCGUCUAGAUCCAAAGUAGACAACUCAAUCAGCAGCACUGUCAUUCACUCUGAUGGUAUAACUGGUAUUGCAGCUGAGACUAAAUCUCCAAAUGACAGUAGCAAAGAGCCACCUGCUGCUCAGAUAGUGUCUUCCACAAGCACGAGUAAUACAGAAAGCAAUCCAUCUACUCCUAAAGUAGGUGAUGAUCUGAAAAUUUCAUCCCAGUUGCGGAAAUUCACGUUCAAUGAAUUAAAAUCUGCUACUAGAAACUUUAGACCAGAAAGUCUUCUUGGUGAAGGUGGAUUUGGCUGUGUUUUCAAAGGCUGGAUAGAAGAGAAUGGUACUGCUCCUGUCAAGCCUGGAACAGGUCUCACAGUGGCAGUAAAAACGCUUAACCAUGAUGGGCUACAGGGUCACAAAGAAUGGCUGGCAGAAGUUAACUUUCUUGGUGACCUUGUCCAUCCCAAUCUGGUCAAACUUAUUGGGUAUUGCAUAGAAGAUGAUCAGAGGUUGCUUGUGUAUGAAUUUAUGCCCCGAGGCAGUUUGGAAAAUCAUCUCUUUAGAAAAGGGUCCCUGCCUCUUCCGUGGUCUAUCAGGAUGAAAAUUGCAUUGGGUGCAGCUAAGGGCCUUGGAUUUCUUCAUGAAGGAGCUGAAAGGCCUGUGAUUUAUCGAGAUUUUAAGACAUCUAACAUUCUGUUGGAUUCGGAAUACAAUGCAAAGCUUUCUGACUUCGGACUAGCAAAAGAUGGACCUGAAGGAGACAAAACUCAUGUAUCCACUCGAGUCAUGGGAACUUAUGGCUAUGCUGCCCCAGAGUAUGUGAUGACUGGGCAUUUGACAUCAAGGAGUGAUGUCUAUAGCUUUGGUGUUGUUCUUCUUGAAAUGUUAACUGGCCGAAGAUCUAUGGACAAGAACAGGCCUAGUGGAGAGCACAAUCUGGUGGAAUGGGCUCGUCCUUAUCUUGGAGAGAAAAGAAGGUUGUAUCGUCUUAUAGAUCCUCGUUUGGAGGGACAGUUUUCCAUAAAGGGGGCUCAAAAAGCUGCCCAGUUGGCUCACCACUGCCUUAGUCGAGAUCCUAAAGCCAGGCCUUUAAUGAGUGAGGUUGUUGAGCUUCUCAGACCAUUGUUGAAUUUAAAGGACAUGGCUAGCUCAUCCUUUCAUUAUCAAGCUUUACAAGCAGAACGUUCAGGUCGUCAACAGCAAUUGGCAAAUGGAAAUGGUCAGUUGAAGAAUGGGGCAAAUGGAAAUGGUCAGUUGAAGAAUGUGGUAAAUGGAAAUGGGCAUUUAGCAUCCAAGAAUGGACAUCUGCGAGUCAUUGUUAAUGGUCCACAAGCAUCACCAUAUCGCCAAUCUCCCAAGUUAAAUGGUAAAAACUCAUAGGUGAUCGUAUUUCUCUUUCAUCAUUCCUUCCUUCUUAAAUUUGUACAAUUUAACUAAAGUUGACGAGUUUCAGACCUUCGCAACCUACCAAAGGGAAAGCAGUGUGAACUUAAGUGUGGGUGUGUUAUCUUUGUAUGGCUUGAACUUAAGAGGCCAUUUCUGGACGUCCUUGUAGAGUAAGUUCAGCACGUCUGAAAAAUUAAUGCUAAAUGCUCUGACAUUGUAUGACAUUGCAAGUCCAACCGACAGAUCAAAGCAGGGGGUAAUGUUAGACAAGCUGCUACGGCUGUGUUUAUAUGAAAGUAGCAAAAAGUAACUUUGAAAAUCUGCUUUGGUAAGGAAAUAAUGUUGUCUGGAGUUGGAGCAUUUUCUCAUAACUAAAAGUUUCAUUUCUAUUACUAACAAAAGAUAUGCAUCAACUCUGUAAUUGAAUGUAUUUGGAAGCUUUAUUAGACACCUUAUUGGUGCAAAGAUUUUCAUGAUUCCACUUUUUCUAUGCCAAUCUGAUUAGUCUGAAUUUUGCUUUUA